AAGCAGCAAAAGAGUUCAAACAUGUUCCAACAACACGUCCCUGCACUCUAUAAAUAACGCCAUCAAUCAAGUUUUCGGAAGGAUCCUUUGAGCCUGAGUCCUGGUCAGGAACUGAAAACAUGGCGGAAGUUUCCUUUCUCUCGGCGGAGGUACUGCUAUCAAAGCGCGUCCAGGAUAUGGUCCUCAAUGGUGAAGAACCCCCACCACUAUAUAUUUGUAGAGAUGGUGAUGCAAACGAAGAUGUUUCUUUUGCAUCAUCUUCGAUUCCCAUCAUCGACCUCGGUCUCCUCUCAUCUUCCGCACCAAGCAGUAAACAAGGAGAGGAACUAGAGAAUCUUCGGUCAGCACUCUGUUCAUGGGGCUGCUUUCAGGCAGUAGGUCAUAACAUUUCAAGUUCAUUUCUGGAGGAGUUGCGUCAAGUGGGAAGGGAAUUCUUCCAGCAGCCGAUGAAAGAGAAGAAGAAGCAAGCUAAAGGGGUUGAAGAGUUUGAAGGCUACGGAGGGGAUCCGGUCCCUGAAGAAGGUCAGCCCCUUGACUGGUCCGAUCGCUUGUUUCUUGAUGUGUACCCAGAAGAUCGAAGGAAGACCAAAUUCUGGCCAGAAAACCCGGCAUCCUUCAGAGCUGUUCUAGAAGAAUACACUGUAAAGAUGAAGAUGUUUACAGAGAUCGUUUCCAAAGCCAUGGCAAAGUCAUUGAGUUUAGAAGAAAAUUGCUUCUUGAAUCAGUUUGGCGAACGAGGACCACUUCAAGCGCGUUUUAACUACUACUCAUGUUGUCAAAGGCCUGAUCUUGUUCUAGGCCUCAAGCCUCAUGCAGAUGGAUCAGGAUACACAGUUAUCUUGCAAGAUGAUGUAGAAGGUCUUCAAAUCCUCAAAGAUGGACAAUGGAUUACAGUUCCUACAAUUUCUCAUGCUCUCCUAGUCCUCAUGGGCGAUCAAAUGGAGAUAAUGACCAAUGGGAUGUUCAAGAGCCCAGUGCAUAGGGUAGUGACCAACUCGGAGAGGGAGAGGAUUUCUGUGGCUGUGUUCUAUUCGCCUGAACCAAACAAAGAGAUUGGACCAGAAGAAGGGUUGGUCAGCGAGGAAAGACCAAAGUUAUUCAAGAAGGUGAAAGACUAUGCUGAUACACACUGGGAAUUCUACCAGAGAGGAAUGAGAGCACUUCAUGUUGCAAAAGUCUAGGAUUUUGCCCUCUUAAUAGACUGAUAAGACAGUUUGCUUACAUGUUACUUCACCUAUAGGCUAUAGCCCCUGCCCCUUUGUAGAAAAUAAAAAGAAAAACCGAGUGUGGUCUUGCUGCACGUUUGAAUAAAUAUACUCGAGAACGUCUGAUCUGAAUAAGUUUCAACUAGUAUGGAGCCGCCUGCUGUUGGUUCUUUGUACACUGAUUGUACGGAAAAUAUAAUAUAGAUAACUUAUUUCCAUGAAUCAAA